AUGUCCACGACCUGUUCGGAGGGCAGUGCGAGCGGCACGCCGGCGUUUGUCAGGAAGCGCCUCGAGGCGGCCGCUGGCACCUCCGGCGCCGGCGGCGAGGCGUUGCAGAGAGCCCUGGCGGCGCAGGCGGCGCUGGAGCUGGCGGCCGCUGGCUGCCGGGUGGCGGAGGUCUGGCACGAGCUGCUGGCAGUCCUGGUCCACGCCCCCGGGGAGAUCUCCGCGUCCCUCAGGAGCGGCUGGGAGCGUGACUUCGCGGCCCGCUGGUCCCGGUGCAUCGUCCGCGAGCCCCUGCGCACCGACGUGCAUGUGGUGGACGAGGACGACUGCGAGGAGCACGGCGUGGCCGCGAGCGCCCUCCGCGAGGCGCUGCUGCUGGAGGAAGGAGGUGGUCGACCCCCUUCCGUGGAGGACAGGUCGCUCGUCCCCGCGGCGGGGCUGCGCCCCGUCGUCUUCGAGCAGUGCUACUUCGCAGGCGCCGCCGCCGUGCGGCGGCCGCUCGUCCACGGCGGCGUCCACGGCGUCCCGUCGACGCCCCCCGAGGCCAAGGGCACCCUCCCCUCCGACCCGAAGCCAUACCGUGGCCUGCACCUCUUUGUUCUCGUGCACGGGUUUCAGGGCAACUCGUUCGACAUGCGGCUGAUGAGGAACAAUCUGGCGCUCGCGUACCCGGAUGCGGCGUUCCUGUCGUCGACCUCGAACGAGGACGACACCGAUGGCGACAUCUCCGAGAUGGGGGUCCGCUUGGCGGCGGAGGUGCGGAGCUACAUUGCCGAGUGGUGCCCCGGCUCCGCGCUCGGGCGCCUCAGCUUCGUGGCCCACUCGCUGGGGGGCCUCAUUGCGCGCUCCGCGGUGGCGCUUCUGGAGGAGUUCCAAGCGCAUCUGGGGAUUUUUCAGGAUAAGAUCUCGCUGUUCAACACCGGGUUCUGGGUGCUGAAGGCGUUGAAGCAGUCGGUGUUCCUGCAGCAGAUUUCGAUGGCGGAUCACGCAGAUCCCAGACAGACGUUCUUGUACAAGCUCAGCCAGUCGCGAUGCUUCGAGUUCUUUCAGAACGUCGCUCUCAUGUCGUGCUGGGAGGACCAGUAUGGCCCGUUCCGGUCCGCCAGGGCCGAGUUCUGCGACGAGUGGGCGGACAGGGCCGACCGGAGGGCGAUCCGCGAGAUGGUGGACAACUUGUGGGGGCCAGUCUCGCCCGAGCGAGUGAGUCGUCUGGACGUCAGCUUCGUGCUGCCCGACGGGAACCUGGACUCCAUCAUCGGCAGGGCCGCGCACAUCCAGUUCCUCGAUUGCCAGCCCGUCAUGAG